CAUGUUGAACAGGCGACUUCGUCUCCGUGCUUUCUAUGUUUCUCUCUUUCUGGCUCGUUGGGAGGGAUUCGGCAUGAAUCUGUCAGAGGUCGCUGGGCUGUCGCGAUUCUUUUGUCAGAAGCGAGCACAUGUGAUGCCAAAGGAGCUAUCGACGAUGGUGAUAUUCGGGGGGCAAAUCCAGAGCACGGUGCAUUAUUAUCAUUGUCAUGGGAGAGCGUGUCCGGAGGCGUGUAGGCACUGUCUAAUCAGAUUGUUAGCACGUUGUCGUUAUGGCAUCCAUUGAUUGCGGACAUUCAAAAGUGCCAAGGGGACUUUCAUCACGGUGUCAAGACGUUUGAAAUCUGAAGAGAGAGAGGGAGCAAAGUGGAGCGGAAGUUGUCUCUCUUGAUGCCCGUGUUCACGCCGUAACAAGUAUACGGUACGAGACGGGGAUGCACGGCCGACAAGUAGCUUGCUGUGCUUGUAUAGAGGUGGUAUUUGACAUGACUAGGUGAUGAUUGUGAGUCGUGCUGUCCGUGUCGAUGCGCCGCGGGUUAAUUGGCGAAGUCUUCGAGCGGAUUGCGCGUUGCUGGUGAUAUGGAAUUCUAGUGUGCAUUGCGUCGUAGUGACGGGGAUUAUCUUGGAGCUGCACUUGUUUGGAGGUUAAUUUGUUCAGGAAUAUUGGGUGACUUUUAACAGCUGAGGUUGAGCAGUUUCUAAUGUGAUUUUGACACUAACAUCAUCGACCACAGAACUAGAGGGAACAGGAAAAUUCCUUCAAGCGAGCCACAAGAUUGAAAUGAUGGACUAUUCGAAUGAGGCAGAGGCUUGUGCAAAAGACCCUUCUAAGAACAUUGACUGGUCUUACGAAUUCUCAGCUCCGAAGUACCAUGAUUUCACCUGUGAAGAGUCCGAAGCAGUCAUAUUGGCAGCAGAAAGAUGGUUCGACAUUGCGAUACCUUGUGAAGCAUCUCCUCAUGUUUCCAAAACCAAUUCCAUAGCGGAGUUACGGUCAACUGCAAUGGGUAAAAAUCAUGGAAGCAAACUUGAGGCGUUGCAGAUUUUAGCUCAUGUGUCACCACUGCCAGCCAAUAGACAUGCAUUCAAGGACGCCGAAGAACUUUCGGCUGGUUGCGAAGAGGAAUUCAACCAAAAAAUUGAGGAUUGUGAAGGAAAUACUGAUAUGUCAUAUGAAGUCCCAAGUACUAAAUGCUUGCAAGGAGAACCUUGCACACCUGUGGGUCGCGCAAUUACUGGGGCGAUCGAGAACACUAUCAAUCGGACACCUCCUUCUGCCUUGGCCGCCCUUGUCAUAUCUCCAGGGAGUUUGCCAGCUAAACGGCUGUAUUCAGAUGCAUGGAAGGAGGCAUCUCCUCUUGAGCAAGAACCUCGCUCACUAUCGAAGAAAAGGAAUUCUAGUCGCGGUGGUGUUAAAAUUUCAACCAAGAAAAAACCCAUCUUUGCUAGCUCGAAGCGUGGUAAUCGAGCCGAGAAGAAGCAGAAACUAGAGGGAGGGAAACCCCAACAGAUAUCGUACAUGAAAGACAGGUUGCCAAGACCAAAGAAUCUUCUAACUCUGACAGUGCCUGAUAAGUUCCAGCUUCGGACAGAAACAAGGGCGCCUAUUCACCACGAAGAUUCUAACAAGAGUUCACCCUUUAUUUCCAUGGCGGAAAGAGUUCGAAGAUUUCAUAUGAAGUCUUCAAAACGAAUCCAUAUCCCCAGCAUGAAUGGGGGUACCCAGCAGGAGAAAAUGCACGACAAUAGCAAAGGAAGACCGAAGUUAACAGUUGCUAAGUCUCCGGCAUUUGGAACGUCUCAGAGAGUUCGACCUCCAAAGGUCAAAAGCGCUGCAGAGCUUGAAGAGGAAAUGCUCGCUAAGAUGCCCAAGUUCAAGGCUCGCCCACUACCAAAAAAGAUUUUGCAGGCACCUGUGUUGCUCACCUUUACGAAAUCGACUCCGCAAGUUCAAGAGUUUCAGGAAUUUCACUUGCAUACCAUGGAGCGGGCACAGCAUCAUGCAAGCUCAUCAUCUAUCCUAUCUGCGGACUCUCUCUCUACCUCGCAGAAUGUGCCGAAGGUAACAAAGGAGAUUUCUAAACCGCGACCACCGCAAUUCGAAACAGCUAAUCGUGCGCGACCUUCUACGGUAAAAAGCCGGGAAGAGCUAGAAGAAGAGGAGCUUGCAAAGAUACCCAAGUUCAAAGCACGUGAACUCAACAAGAUGAUUUUUGAAAGCAAAGACGAUCUCGGUCUUUAUCGGAAUCAGAAACGAGAGGUUACUGUACCCCAAGAGUUUCACUUCAAGACCGAUGAACGCGCACACACCCGUGAUCCAGACGUUCUUGUCGACCAAAUAUUGAAACUUUCCUUAAGCAAGCCGAAUGAGAAGGACGCAAAAUUACGACCAACGAUACCAAAGCCUUUCCGUUUGGCUACCGAUGACCGAGGAUUGGCAAAGGAAAUGAGGGAAAUUCAGGUGAGAAUUCAACAACAACAGGAAGAAGUAAAGGCCCGCAUACCGAUAGCCCACCCGCUUCCUUGGACCACCGAAUUCCCAGAGGUACCUCCGAAGCCCCUUCCCAAAGAAUGUACGAAGCCGGAGCCGUUCUACUUAGAAAGCUUAUUGCUUCAUAAGCAGGAACAAGAACGGAUGAUGCGCCAGCAAAUGCAAGCUGAACAACUCGAAACAGCACUGAGAGAAUUCCGUGCACAGCCUAUCCUCUCCAACGCACAAAGUGUUUUGCCAGAGAAACGGAGAAAGCCUCUUACUGUUAUUGAAGAUUUCCAUCUCAAUGUUGAGCAACGCGCUAUGGAAAGGGCAGAGUUUGAAAAAAUGGUGGCUGAGAAGCAGAAGCAGUACAAGGCUUAUCUUGAAAAAUAUGAGGCUGGAAGAAAGGCUGAAGAGGAGAGGUUCUUAAAGGCCAUGAGGAAGGAAAUGGUACCAACAGCCCGUCCUGUGCCAGCAUUUCCUCGACCACGUUUACCAUUGCGGUCAACGAAAGUACCCACAAAACCAGUGUCUCCUCAAUUUUCAAGAAAACCACUGCUGCUGGAACGUUGACAUUAAAUGCUUUUUUUUUUUCAACCCCAGCAUGGUCGGUUGCACCUUGAAACGAUUUUUUUCAACAAAAAAAAGAAAACCAUCAUAUUAUGUUGUACAAUAUAUUUGAUAAGCUUCAAAUUGUAUGCCAAACGUCGCUCCCCUCAAUGUAAGUUGGCGCAUCCGGAAAAUUAACUUUGCCUUUGGCAGUCGCGUUGCGUUCAUGAAAUGCAAUCAUUCAUCAUUUUUGAGGAUUGUCAUGUACAGGCCUCACACUACAUUGGCAGGAACUGAGUGAUCCUUUAGACUUGAGGAGAGGAUCUCAUCCAGCUAGUGGGUUCGUAACAUCUGAGCACUUUCUUACGAAGGAUUUUGUAGACUAAUAAUGUAUGGAAGUUUUAAUCUUCGAAACUGAUAAUGUAACUAUUGCAAUGGAAAAGAUGCUGAGAAUAACUCAGACUUCUUCAAUGUUCAUUCUUUGCGAA